GAUUUAACUUUUGUUAUUGUGUUGCGUUUCAAUGAUAAGAAGACUCUUAUCAACGUGACACCCGAAAUAAGGUACAAAAUCGGCAAAUUCAGUCUGUAAUCUGCUCUGAACCAAUUAAUACGACCUUUGAGUUAACCCUCCCGAAAAUGUCCUCCGAACUCCGCUACUACUAUGACCUAAUGUCCCAACCGUGCCGUGCCCUCUACAUCUUCCUCGAAAUGACCAAGAUCCCGUACCGACGCUGCCCAAUCGAUCUCCGCAAAGGGGAACACCUCACCGACGAGUUCCGCGCCAUCAACCGCUUCCCAAAGGUUCCGUGCAUCGUCGCCGGCGGUGACUUCCACCUCGCGGAAAGUGUCGCCAUCAUUCAGUUCCUCACCCGAGAGUAUCCGGAAAUCCCGGACCACUGGUACCCCCGGGAUAGCCGGACGCGGGCCAGAAUCGACGAGUACAUGGCCUGGCAGCAGCACAACUUUAUUUAUGUUUGGCUGAGGCCACGUAUGCUUGGAACGACGGUCCGGCCGGAACGGGCCGAGCAGAUCAAGGACGAGAUGGAGCGCUGUUUGGACUUUAUCGAGCGGGAAUAUCUCGGGCGUGGGAGCAAGUUUAUCGUGGGGGAUGAGAUUAGCGUGGCGGAUUUGUUGGCAGCGUGCGAGAUUGAGCAACCAAGGAUGGCGGGUUACGACCCGUGCGCUGGAAGACCCAACCUGACGGCAUGGAUGGGACGAGUUCGCGAGGUUACCAGUCCGUUCUACGAGCAGGCGCAUGCUGUGGUCAACAAAAUUGCUGCUGCUACCAAUGCUGCGCUGAAUAAACUAUAAGAAUUGGGUCCUAAAAUAAAGCUUAGAUUGCUGAUAUUAUUGUUUACAGCGAUAAAGCUUAUUUUUCUGAGUACAAUGACCCUUUGUACGACCACAAAGAGUUUAAGAUGGAUUUUUAAAUCAAUUUUGAAAAAUUAACCUCGCGGUCCUUCUUGACAGAAAAGCUCCUACUUGACAGCUCGUUCCAAGGGGACCAUAGUCAAUCCAUCGAAAAAAUGCUGACCUGUCAUUUUUUUUUUGUAUUUAAAUGAAAAAAAGUGACCAGAAAUCGUUUUUAAUCGUGUUUUUUACCGUUGUA